UAUUUAUUCUCAUUUCCCGGCCUUCACAAAACCCACAAAAAUUAACUCCCGCAAUCUGCUCCAUUUUUCCAUCUUUUCUCGAUCAACAGCUCAGAAAAUGCUAAUGGGCGAACCUCUGCCCCAGUUUCCCCGACCCACACGACCCGCAUUCAGUUACGAUAUCGAUCCAGUUCCAUCCUCUCUAUUUCCCGAUCAAGAUUCCACUCAUGAAGAAUAUCACCAUCCAGAAUCACUAUCCCUACACAAACCCGAGACGUGUUCAGAAUCGAGGGAUACCGAAUUCGACCAUGACGACGCGUCAUCGUCCGAUCAGAUAAGUCUUUCGCCAUCCACUGGGAAAACACCCAAGGGGGAAAAAGAGGCGGUGGACGAGCUGCUUACGAUCUUGGUCGAGUGCAUGGAGGAACUCAACACGCGGAGCAGAGAAACCCUGCUCUGCAAAUUCUUUUCGGAGAUAGAGAGAGAGGAGCGGCUCGAGCGGUUUAUCGUCGAGAGGCUGAAGCAGUCCCGAGUCAAGGCCAUUUCGGACUUGUGCGAGAAACUUCCCAAAAGAAAUUCGGAGGGAGAAGUAAGGACUCUUGAUUUGGUUGGGCCGGUUGUCGCUAAUGAGGAAGAAGCAAAGAAGUGAUGAUCUGAUUUUUUUUUUAUUUUUUUCUUCUGGGUUUUUUGAUUCUUUAAUUCUCUUUUAAUUUGAAAGAGGUUUUUUUUUUCUUUUUCUUUCUCUGUUUCUAAGUUUCAUCGAGCUGUUACUAUUUGUUUUGAUUGGUCAUUGUGACGGCAUUUGGGUCUCAUUGUACAAAAUUCAAUACUGGACCUUUUUUUUAUUUUUUUGGUAAUCUUAUCACCAAUCUAAAGAAUAUUCUUUUCUAGCUUGAAAUACUGUUCCGAAUCCAGGGAUACCGAAUUCUCCGAGAAAUCCAUUAAAUACGUAGGAGUAUUU